AUGGCGUUCGAGGGAUGCAGCGCCUUGUUAGAGGCCGAUCUCUCAACAACGCGUCUCGGUGUUUUGCCAGGCAAGGUGUUUGCUGAUUGUUGCAGCCUAAAAUUUGUGAGCCUGCCAAAGUCAUUGGGUCGUAUCGACUCGCUUGCAUUCGGUAGCUGCGUUUCCUUGAUCACCGUGAAAGUGGCCACAGAUUCAAGGCCGAUCAAGAUUGCUGCUCUAGCAUUCUAUGCCUGCGAGGAUCUUACAAACUUUAGGCUACCGCCUGGGUCCACUGCCGAAGAAAAAUCCUUUCUUGGUUGCACGCGUUUGAACGAUCGCUUCGAUGGGCAGGCGGGUGGUAUUGUUUACGGUCUGGUACAGCGCUUCAACAAUUUCCCAGUUCACCGCCUUUGUUACAACCAAAAUUCUACCACCGUCGAAGAACUUGCUCUGUGUAUAGAGGAGGCAAAGCGCAAUGGUUUACCGCUGACGGAUGAGUUCGGAAUGACCCCGUUCCACAUCCUCUUUGCAACCAUCUACCCAGACCAAGCUAUGCUUCAGGUGCUUCUGGAAGGGUAUCCCCAAGAUGUGCUCGGCCGGGAAGAUGGCGACGGCAGACUAGAUGUGGAAUAUCUACUGAUGAACUGGACUCAAGAAAACAGGGUAUUGCUUCAGGUGGUCCUGCAGCCCUGGGUUUUUGGUCCUAUGGGGCGCUGGGGCCAUAAAAAUUGGAAGGCUGCAAUGUUUCCCCUGUGGAACAGGCUCCUGACUGUGGAUGACCAGGACAAGGCGUUUGUUGCUUUCAGCAGGGCAUGGUCGGCCUUUCACUUUUAUGAAAGUUUGGAGUCUACAUCCGUGUUGGAAAUUGCCUUGUGGAAAUGGGAACUCAAAAGUGGCUGGAAAGACGAUGGUAGCAAGAGACAGGCGCUAGACCGAGAAGUGUGCCGGUCCGUGUGUAAAUUGGACGUUGUGAUUCCAAGUGUGUUAAAAUUCUUGGGGGAGGUUGCCUUGCGUCCAGAAACUGCAUCAUCUAUCAGGCCGAUUGACUUGGUACGAUAG